AUGGACCAGAACAAAGUGAAUAGUAUGGACCAGGACACGGUAAACAGUAUGGACCAGGACAGGGUGAACAGUAUGGACCAGGACAGGAUGAACAGUAUAUUCCAGGACAGGGUGAUCAGUAUGGAUCACGACAGGUUGAACAGUAUGGACCAGGAUAAGGUGAACAGUAUGGACCAGGACAGGGUGAACAGUAUACGCCAGGACAGGGUGAAAAGUUUUGACCAGGACAGUGUGAACAAUAUGGAUCAGGACAGGGUGAACAGUAUGGACGAGGACAGGGUGAACAGUAUUGACCAGGACAGGGUGAACAGUAUCGACCAGGACAGGGUGAACAGUAUGGAUCAGGACAAUGUGAACAUUAUGGACCAAGACAGGGUGAACAGUGUGGAGCAGGACAGGGUGAACAGUAUGGAACAGGGCAGGGUGAACAGUAAACACAAGGACAGGGUUAACAGUAUGGACCAGGACAGGGUAAACAGUAUACACCAGGACAGGGUGAACAGUAUGGACCAGGAGAAGGUGAACAGUAUUGACCAGGACAGGGUGAACAGUAUGGACCAAGUCAGGGUAAACAGUAUGGACCAGGAUAGGGUGAACAGUAUGGACCAAGACAGGGUGAACAGUAUGGACCAGCACAGGGUGAACAGAAUGGACCAGGACAUUGUGAAGAGUGUGGUCCAGGACAGGGUGAACAAUAUGGACCAGGGCACAGUGAACAAUAUGGACCAGGGCAGGGUGGACAGGGAGGGUGAGCAGUAUGGACCAGGACAGGGUGAACAAUAUGGACCAGGGCAGGGUGAACAGUAUGGACCAGAACAGGGUGAACCGUAUGGACCAGGACAGGGUGGACAGUAUGUAAAAGGACAGGGUGAACUGUAUGGGCCAGGACAGGGUGAACAGUAUGGACCAGGACUGGGGGAACAGUAUGGACCAGGACAGGGUGAACAGUACGAGUAA